AUGAAACGUUUUCUAACAAUUGAACAAGCGCUUGCUCAACUUUUUGAAGAGGAACCAAUUGAAGAAAGAGAUAUGGUUAUAAUUCCGCCAAACCCCUCUGCAGUUAGUGAUGAAGAAGAUUUCGAUGAAAAUGACUUAACAAAUGUCGGAGUUUUGCCUUCAGAUACAGCUGGAGAAUUGGAGAUUCAUAAUUCAGUUGAUGACGACCUUCCAGAACCAUAUUCUACAAGAAGCUAUUCUCGAAUUUCUCACAAUUUAAAAUGGAGAAAAACGGAUGCAAUAUAUUCUUCAAGCCCUUUCAAUGGAGAAAAGGAAGAUGUAAUAAAACUUGAAAAUGAUUUACAUGGUAAAAGUCCAUCAGAUAUAUUUUGUUUAAUUUUCGACGAAGACUUAUAUUCCCUAAUUGUAGAACAAAGUAAUAUUUAUGCUAAACAAAUGAAUAGACCUAACAUAUGCAUAACCAUCCAAGAUAUUCAGAGAUUUAUUGGAAUUCUAUUAUUUACUGGAUAUCAUUCUCUCCCACAAGAAAGAAUGUACUGGUCUAAUGACAGCGAUAUUUCUAUUCCAAUAAUCCGGGAUACAAUGACCCAAUUACAAUUUCGAAAUUUGAAAUAUAAUAUCCAUUUGGCAGACAAUACUAAAAUAGAUAUACAUGAUAGAUUUUAUAAAGUUAGGCCUUACAUUAAUAUAUUGAAUAAUAAAUUUCAGCAAUUCGGAAUUUUUAAACAUCAUUUAUCAAUAGAUGAACAGAUGAUACCAUAUCGAGGAAGACAUUCUUGCAAAAUGUUCAUAAAAGGAAAACCAAUUAGAUUCGGAUACAAGUCUUGGAUAUUGGCCUCUUCCGACGGUUACGUAUUCUCAUUUGAUAUAUAUCAAGGAAAAAGCGAAAAUAAAUAUGAAUAUGGAUUAGGUGGAAAUGUAUCAUAA